AUGCCAUAUUUUCGAAAUUUGACAUUCACAAGGAAAGCUCCGGAUGGCUCGAACGUCGAAUCUGCCAAUUAUGGAGGGGACCGCGGGCCCGGCCGAUCUCCCACGCGGCAGAUGAGCAAACGGCUGCUGCUCGUCAACCACAAUGAGCCCACUAGUCCGGUGGCACGAAGAGUCGACUCGUGUCUGUGCCGCCGCUUUUUCGCCCAGACCCGGAACGGUUUUUACGGGGAUAUUUGCAAUGCGGAAUUCGUGGCCAUGUUGCUGAAAUUUGAAGACGCUUGCCCGUCUGGAGGUCUCGAUCUGAAGGCACAGGAGGCUGCACUCCGUCUUGGGCCGGAUAUCGUUGUGGCAACGCCUGGUCGACUUCUCGACCAUCUCCACAAUGCUCCUUCGUUCACGCUGGCGACAAUCGAGGUGUUGGUGCUUGACGAAGCCGACCGGAUGCUCGAACAGGCUUUCGAGGAGCAGAUGAAAGAAAUCAUCCGCCUGUGCGCCAGCAAGCGCCAGACGCUUCUCUUCUCGGCCACGAUGACUGACCAAAUCGAACAUCUAGCCGACAUGUCGCUGAAGAAACCCGUCAAGAUUUUCAUCAAUGAGAACACUGAGACGGCGCUGCGACUACGACAAGAAUUCAUUCGGAUCCGGGGAAAUCGCGAGGAAGACCGGGAGCCGAUUGUGGCUGGGCUGGUAACGAGAACUUUCCAGGAACAAACGAUGAUCUUCGUCAAAACAAAACGCUACUGUCAACGGUUGCAAAUCGUACUCGGGCUACUCGGCGUGAAAGUGGGCCAGAUGCACAGCAGUUUGACCCAGUCGCAACGUAUCGACGCGUUGGCCAAGUUCAAGCGCAGAGAGCUCGAUGUGUUGGUUUCAACCGACUUGGCCGCUCGUGGUUUGGAUAUUGAGGGCGUUCAGACUGUGAUCAACAUGAACAUGCCGAACAACAUCAAGCAGUACAUCCAUCGUGUUGGUCGUACGGCUCGUGCCGGAAAAGCUGGUCGUUCGAUCUCGCUCGUUGGGGAGGAGGACCGGAAGUUGUUCAAGGAGAUCCUCGCCCACAAUCAGGACAAGCUGCUGAAGCAGCGUGUCGUGGCCCCAGAAGUCAUCGCCGCUUACAAGGGACGCGUUGAUGACCUCGAAGGAUCGGUGGCAAAGAUUGAAGAGGAUGAAAGGACCGAACGUUCGAUUCGUAUUGCUGAGGCUGAUUUGAAGCGCACAGAAGAGCGUGUGGAGCAUGGAAAGGCUGAUCGCGACGGCAGGAACUGGAUCAAGCAGCCUACAGAUGCUGAAAAGCUACGCAAGAAAGAGGAUAAGCGCAAACUCAAGGAGUUAGAAGCUAAGAAGAAGAAAACGGAGAAAACGGGAGAGGAGAAGCAGGCCGAUCGUGCCCAGGCGUUCCAGGCGCGCAUGGCGAAACGGCAGCGCAAGGGCAAGCGAAUGCGUGCCUUGGCCGAUAAUGAUAAUCAGGGCAAACAAGGCAAGCUGAACAAGACGAAGGGUGGCAAGGUGAAGAAAUCGUCGUUUACUACGGAACUGGCCGGCAUCAGCAAGCGGGGUGUCAAGGCUGCAAGGGCUGGGCCAGAAGACGCCGGCUUCCGAACGGCCAAACGGCAGCACAUGAAGGGUGGAAAGCAGAAGAGGAGC